AUGAGCAUCAGCGACAGGGCGACGAUGGACAGCAGCGAUUGGGAGACGAUUUGCAGCAGCAACGGAACGGAUGGGAGUAUUAGCAACCAGACGCCAGGCAGUAACGGCGAGGCGUUCGCAACCGACAACGAUGUCAAAGCAGAUACGAACCCAAGCCGUCAAUCAAAAUGGUUACCCCUACCCACCGACCCCGAUCUCCGGCAAGAAACCCUACUGGAGACAGACUUCACGGCUCUCCUCCUGAAGCCCGCCGAAAACUGUCUCGACAGGCCCACGAUCGAGUACCUGUCUCUGACAUCGAUGGAUGAGGCGAGACAGUGGUUUGACGAGGCUACCGCCGCGGCGGAGGUACCCCAGCCAGACGGGCGUGGGAACCUCCAGGUCCUUUCAUUCCACCGACCGGAUUUCAACAACAGCGGAACGGGCGUGUUUAAGGAGAUGUGCGUGCGAGGUGGCCCGGUUCGCGAGACUACGGAACGCUACACGGGCUUCGCCGGCCUCUCCAGGUAUCGAUGGCCUCCGCAAACUACAGCAACGGACGAGGCAAAGCGGGAGGGUAGUAGCAAUGACGACGCAAGGCCAGACCCCGAUCCCCACCCGUUGCAAAGACUCGUUUACGACAUAGAGAUCGAAACGUGGCUCCCCUUCGGAACAUUAUCCUACUUCCCUCAGUCCAAGACCACCGUCCUAGCAAUGAUGAUCGACAGCAGCGUCCCCUCCGGCUCCGUGAAGUUGCUGGAAUACAUGGCGACGGCCGUCGAAGACGACCACGACCGCGCAUUUAGAGACCCGCUCAUGUUCCAACACCCCCUCUCCGGCCUUCUGAUCGUUAUUUCAAUGGCAGUCAACGACGUGAUGAACGACACGCCUCACAUCAUCGACCACAUUUUAGCCGAGGCGGGGUUUCACCAGUACAGCAAUUUGACGAGGCGGGAUGCGAGGCUCAUUCCUUCGCGCGACCUGUCAAUACUUACAUCCGACGCCGUGGCCUACAGCGUUGAUCUCGCGCAGAGUGAUGGCACUUUGAUGGGGUUGAGCAGGAUGUUGAGGUACCUCCGGGACGAGAACGAGGAGCUGAAUCGGCUGGGCUACUUCGACUCGCCCGAGUUGCAGCGGGUGCGCCAUCUGAUUGACGAAUGGUCCAGGUAUAUUGAGUACAGAUCCGACAGUUUGAGCCAAUACACCAAGGCCUGGCAGCACCAGGCCAACGCCCUCAUCCAAGGUCUGCAGAACGUCAUCACGCAGAAGAACCAGGAUUCUACGCUGGCUAUUGCCCACGAAUCGCGCCGGAUUGCCGAGGCCAGUUGGAAGGACACGACCUCUGUUACCGCUAUCACUUUGAUCACCAUGCUGUUUUUACCAGCAACCUUUAUGGCGACUCUCUUCUCUGCAAAAUUCUUCGAGGACAGCGUCUACAACGGCGACGCUAAUCGCCAAGCAACUACAUACUUAGCCACGACCUUCCCCCUUACGGCCGUUGUCAUCUUCCUCUGGUAUGCCUGGGUCUGGUUCCGAAGACGGCGCGCAAACGUCGUCCUCGGGAGGAGGCAGAGGCUGGACAUGGAAGACAACGAAGAUUUGGAGAGUAAGUCCGAAAGGGAAGGCUCGGAAGGUUGGUCUUCAAGCGGAGAUCUGGGGAGUCAGUCUAGAAGAAGCGAGGAUCUAGAACUGCAGUCCAGAGGCGAAGAUCUGAAAAGGUCGGCCCGAAAACGCAUGAUGGGGAAGAUGAACAAAUUCUUAUCCUCGAGAUGA